AUGAGCAGACCCCAAGAUGAGUUGGCGGAGGAGGGGGAGGAGGUGUACAGGAACCCUACAGAGGUGAAGAAGAGCCAGAUAGUGAUGCCCUGCCAUGCCAACCACCGCCAGGAGCUCAGCGUGGGUCAGCUGCUUAAAUGGAUGGACUCUACAGCCUGUCUUUCAGGUUUGUGUCUGUCUGUGUUUGUGUGUGUUCUUGCUCACAAAGAGCUUGUGGGAAUAGGCCUAUUGGUCCAGUUUUGGAUUAUAGAUUGGAUGAUUGAACGAUAUCUCAUACACACCCACAUCAUGCUCAGUAAGGCCUUUGCAUAGACAAAGAUGGCAUAGUUUCUCACUAUGAAACAUAAACACAAUGUAACACUGUAAUAUUUUGUGACACUGACCAGCAUUUCUUCACAGAUUAAAAGAGCUGAGACGUUCCUAGGACAUCUGAAUACUUCAACGUCACUGUCACCUAAACUUCUGGAGUAAUAGACUCUGCUGAUGAUAACAGAUUAAAUAUUAUUUGUAGACUUGUAACUUUUGUUACUCAGUUUAGGGGCAAAAUAUCCAGUCAAAUAUGUACAGCAUUUAGGGACUGAAAGAACAUACUGUUCCUACUGAUGUGUUGCUGUGACGUAAAUGGCUGUCAUGAGAAAAUGACUCUUACACUCACUAGAACCUAAGCUUGGUACACAAGGCUAAGUAUGUUGUAAUGUUGAGCAGUAGUCCAUACAGUAUUAACUGUAAUAUAUCUAUUAUUAUGUAAAAUGUGUUGUGACUUUGUUAAAUUAACUUUAAAUAAAUUGUGAUUUGACUUUAAAUCAACAAAUCAAAAUGUAUUUGUCACAUGCGUCGUAAACAACAGGUGUAGACUAACAGUGAAAUGCUUACUUACGGGUUAUUUUCCAACAAUGCAGAGUUAAAGAUAUAUAAAGAUACAAAAUAUUAAUAUUAAAUAGAAAUAGUAACACGGGGCCUCCCGAGUGGCGCAGCAGUCUAAGGCACUGCAUCGCACUGUUGCGGCGUCACUACAGCCUGGGGUUUGAUCCCAGGCUGUGUCACAACCGGCCGUGACCGGGAGUCCUAUAGGGCGGCACACAAUUGGCCCAGCGUCGUCUGGGUUAGGGGAGGGUUUGGCCGGGGGUCUUUACUUGGCUCAUCGUGCUCUAGCGACUCCUUGUGGUGGGCCGGGUGCCUGCAGGCUGACUUCGGUCGUCAGUUGAACAGUGUUUCCUCCGACACAUUGCUGCGGCUGGCUUCCGGGUUAAGCGAGCGGGUGUUAAGAAGAGCGGUUUGGCAGGUCAUAUUUCGGAGGACUCAUAGCUCGACCUUCGCCUCUCCCGAGGCCGUAAGGGAGUUGCAGCGAUGAGACAACAUCGUAAUAUCACGAAAUUGGGGAGAAAAAAUAAAAUAUUAACAAGGAAUAAAUACACAGUGAAUAACGAAUAACAAUCAUGAGUAAAAAUAACAUGGCUAUAUAUACAGGGAGUACCAGUACUGAGUCGAUGUGCAGGGGUAUGAGGUAAUUGAAGUAGCUAUAUACAUACACCCUCUAGACAGGAAGUGACACGUCACUGUGUUCUUACUCACCACAGCUGAAAGGCAUGCUGGGUGUCCUUGUGUCACCGCCUCGGUCGAUGACAUCCACUUUGAACACACUAUUUGGUAAGUGUCUGUGGUGUUGAUUCACCUUCCUCAUUGGAAGUCAUCGAAGUCGUUCUGGACUUGGUGGUCUUUGGGAAGAGGCCUUAGUCCUGGUGGUAUACCUUUACACAUACAGUAAAGAACUAUAGCCACAGCUUAGAUUCAGUUAUCAUUAUUUUUUACCAUGCCUAGUGUGGUAGACAUAAUACACUAAUGGAAAUGUGUGUGUGUUUCUUCAGUGUUGGACAGGUGGUCAACAUCAAGGCCAAAGUAAACCGAGCUUUCAACACUAGCAUGGAGGUCAGGCCACGUUCAAACCCUUUAACACCUUAAUAAAACCUAUACCAAAUAAGUCAAAAUCCUAACGGGUGGAUUUCCGACUGGACAAUAGUUUAAUUCCUGUGAUUUUUAUCCUGUGUAAUGCUUUGUCUCAAGGUUGGCAUCGUGGUGAAAUGUGAGGACAUGUUCAGCGAUAGCCACUGGAGGGUGUGUCGGGCGUUUGCCACGUUUGUCACCCAGCGCACUACGGGAGGAAAGGUGAGAUUUGAUUGGGGACAUAGUGUGUGGAAGAGCAUUAAUGAAAGGAUGCCUUUAUACAGAUGGUGUGAUGGUGUGUAAGUGUUGAUGUUGAGUAAUAUUGAGAUGACUGUGUGUGCAUAUGCUUACAGGUACUAUAUUAACCUGGUGUGUGUGUGUGUGUGUGCACUCAACAGGUGCAGCUGCGUCCAUUGGUCCCCCGUACCCAGGCGGAGCAGGUUGAGCACAGCCUAGCAGCUGAGAGGAGGAGGAUGAGGCUGGUCCACGCUGACAUCAUGAAGGAUCUGCUCACCAACAGGGCCUUUCAACAAGGUCAGUCGCUGUGGCAGCGACCUCUGCAAGAGGAAUAUCAUCACUAUAGGAACUGUAAUGGUGCAUGCCACUUUAUGCUAAGUAAUGUUGAGUUUGUGUAUGCUGGCAGGUGCUGUAAUAACCUGUGUGUUUAUGUGUGUGUGUGUUAGUGGAGGUCCAGGAGGCUGAGAAGGCGGUGCCAGCAGAGAGGACACGGGUAGAGAGUGUAGAGCUGGUUCUCCCGCCUCAUGCCAACCACCAGGUCAACACGUUCGGAGGACAGAUCAUGGCCUGGAUGGAGAACGUGGCUACUAUCGCUGCUAGGUACCACACACAUGGACAUACACACACACACACACACUGUUAAACAUGAACAGAAAACAUGACACAAGCACAGUGUAAUAAGAAUGUAAUUACACAGUAAUGUAACAUUUUCUGACACUUACUUUUUGAUCCUCUGUGUUAUCCACUCCUCCUCCUCCUCCUCCUCUUCCUCCUCAUCAUCUUCCUCUUCAUCCUCCUUCGCUCAUUCCUCCUCCUCCUCCACUUCUUCCUCUGCCUCCUCCUCCUCUUCUUCCUCCUCCUCUUCCUCCCUCUCCUCCUCCUCCUUCUCCUUCUCUCAUUCCUCCUCCUCCUCUUCUUCUCACUCCUCCUCUUCCUCCUGCUCUCCCUCCUCCACCUCUUCCUCCUGCUCUCCACUCCUCCUCUACAGUCGUCUGUGUAACGCCCACCCCACCCUGCGGAGCAUUGACAUGUUCCAUUUCAGGGGUCCCUCACAAGUGGGCGACCGGCUGGUCCUCAAAGCCAUCGUUAACAACGCAUUCAAGAACAGGUGAGCUUUAAAUCAUAUACUGUAUAAAGCAAAGCUAUAAAUUGGUUUGACAGUUUUUUGUAUUUGAGUCUUUCAAAUCAAUGGUGAUAAGGAUCGGGAGAACUUGUGCUCACAUUAUUGAUUGAUUUACUGAGUCAUUGAUUGAUUAAUCUUGAAUAAGUUCAAAUUUCACUCAUUAACUUCCAUUGGAAUGUUGAGCUGAGCUGAGAUGGUCACGUGAUUGGCUGUGUCCCUGUGCUUCUACACCUGCAUUACUAGCUGUUUGGGGUUUUAGGCUGGGUUUCUGUACAGCACUUCGAGAUAUCAGCUGAUGUACGAAGGGCUAUAUAAAAUAAAAUUGAUUGAUUGAUUGAUUGAUGUCACAGCAUGGAGGUGGGCGUGUGUGCGGAGGCCUAUCAGGGGGAGGAGCCUCUGAGGCACAUCAACAGCGCCUUCAUGACCUUUGAGGUCUGCGACAGGGAUGGCAAGCCCUGCAUUUUGCCAAAAAUACGACCCGAACCUCUGGUCAGAGUGAAAUUAGUGAAUACAUUCUUAUUUAGAUUUUUAUUAGUAGUUCAUGAACAGUAAUAAUUUCACAAUAUUGUCCUCCUGUCUUAUUUAACCUCUUUCACUGACAGGAGGGAAGGAGACGGUAUCAGGAGGCCAUCGCUAGAAAUAAGAUACGACUUGACAGGUGAAGAGAAGGAUACUUCCUCUGAGCAACUUUAAUCGUGACUGCAAUGUAGCCUGCAAAGUAUAUGGUGCACACAAUAGAAUAUCGUAACAGAUCUCUGUGUGUCCAUUCAGGAAGUACAUCAUAUCCUGCAAGCAGACCGAGGUGCCCUUAUCUGUGCCGUGGGACCUCAGCAACCAGGUAAAGGACGACGAGAGACCCUAACGUCACACAGUCCUGAAUACACCCUCUGGUUCUCAUUCUGGUUCUCACUCAACGUAGCAGUUGAAACAGUUUAGAAUAGUACAGACGUUAGAGUUGAAAUGCUGAUUAAGAUCCAAGAUUGAUCUAGAAUGAUAAGCACAUCUCAGUCACGAGUAAGACCAAAGGUCAUACAUGCAUGGGCCGAUUUUAUGGGCUGUCCAAUCACUUGGGCCUUGAAAUCAAAUAUAAAAUGUAUCGCAAGGUGAUAGUGUUAGUGCUAAAGUGCCAUGUCAUGUCUAACUCUCCCAAUGAAAACAUUGUACUUACUGUGUUUGAAGCUGAACGACUGUCAAAUGUGAAGAAUAAUUUUCUUUGAAUGUAUUGUGAAUGGCUGCAGGUGUACCUAAGCUACAACAACGUGUCUGCUUUGAAAAUGCUGGCCGCCAGAAACAACUGGGUGUUAAACUCUGAGAAAAACAAGGUGAGCUGGAUUGAGACUUUUAUUUAGGCUGUCCACAAGGCAUAAUGGAUAGGGAGCCACUGUGGGACACAGGCUAUGGCCAUGGGGGCCCUGAGUCUUUCUCGAUCUCAGUGCCUAACUAGACUCAUGUUAAAUUCAGGGCUCUAAUCAUGGCUUAUGUAAUGCCCCUCUGGCCCCCAGGUGAGCCUGUACACCCUGGAACAGAAGCAGGUGUUGAGUUUUAAGAUUGAGUUUGAGGCAGACAUCCCGGCUGAGAGGGCCUUCAUGCUGCUCUCUGACCUCAGCAAGAGAGUGGAGUGGGACCCAAACUAUGAGUGAGUAUCUGUACACACACACACACACACACACACACACACACACACACACACACACACACACACACACACACACACACACACACACACACACACACACACACACACACACACACACACAGACAGACAGACACACUAACACAGGACCCUCUCUUAAGUGACUUAUAAGGCCCCAAGAGUAUACACUGCAGCCUCCCGCACAUUUGCAGUAUAGCAUGUGUCACUCUGGCUUCUCCUGAUUUCAUUACUUUCCCUGUGUAGGAGGUGUGAGCUGAUUCAUAGGGUGGACGAUGAUGACUUUCUGUACCGCGUGGUUACUCCCUCCAUAUGCCGGGGUGGGGUCAGUAGCAGCCCUUCAGGCAAUCAGGGAGGGAGGGUCCAGGACUUCAUUCUCCUGGCCUCCAGGAGACCGCCGUGUGACAGCGGGUGAGUGGCAGAUGGACCGACAGACAGACAGACAGACAGGCAAGCAGGCAGGCAUUCAGACAGACAAACAGACAGACAGACGGACAGACAGAAAAAUAGAGGAGAGACUGUGAUAGAAAUAAAAAAAAUUGUUCUUCCAGGGACCCUUAUGUUAUUGCUCUGCGUUCGGUCACUCUACCCACUCACCCUCCUACAGAGGGCUACAACAGAGGGGAGGUGCUGUGUGCCGGCUUCAGCAUCCUGGAGGUCUCCAAAACUGUAUCCAAGGUAAGAAAGUGUGCAAACUGUAACUUUUAGUUCAAAAGUUCUGUAUCUGCACUCGUUUGUAAACCAAAAGGGGGGGAGGGGGUCUUGGCAAAUGUAAUUGUUUGCCCAAUGUGUUUGUAGUACCUUGACUUACCCCUGGGAAAAUGAACAUGACAGAUGGCAACAUUAAUGAUGAGGACAACUCCUAUCUUGUAUUUGGCCCUCCUAGAUCUCCUACUUCAACCAGGCGUCUCCCGAGGUCCUGCCCUACAUCUCCACAGACAUCGCUGGGCUCUCCUCCAGCUUCUACGGCACCUUCUGCACCUGUAGCACCUUCCUCCAAGACAACAGGGACGACCCUACCCCCAAAGACCAACCACCCUCCUCAACACUGAAAAGUACACUACUGUAACCCCCUCUCCUCACCACUCUGACCCCCUCACCCUCGAUGGAUUGAACAGACUGCCAUUAGAUGAUCUGAUGAUAUUCAAGUCUUAUUUUAUUAGACUGAGUAAUGUAAGGAGCCUGUUCAUAGAUCUGUUUGUGCUGUCUUGCCAGCUCAUAUGGCCAUU